AUGGAGCACCACCAAAAGCAGCUAAAUACCGAAUUAAAGUCCAUUCAGUCUGCAAUGAAGUCCAUGAUCCUGGCAAUUCAAAAAAACUACAACACUCACAAGAAAGUACUGGAACUCAGAAAAACUACAAGGCAAGCUGUGGCAGAAGCCGAAGUGAAGUCGGCCGAGGUAGAAGACAUCAAGAAGCAAAUGGCCGAGCUACAAGCUGAGAACAGCAGGCUGACCGGACUGGUUAGUUCGGCCGAAGCAGAAAGGCAGAAGGCUGCCAUAGCUCUGAAGGACAAGUACCUGCACGAGCUGGUGAAGCUCGAAAGAAAGAGAGAUGCCGAAAUAUCCCAAGUGAAGGAGAGCGCAAAAGAGGCCGGCAAACAAGGCUUCAAGAAGGUAGAGGAUGUUUAUGCCAAGCAAUGCAAUGCUGCCAAGGAGCUGUUCUUCAAUUUUUUUGGAUGGAUAAUUUUAUUGCUUCAGUUGCUUCACAGAGGAGAGAAGAGGCGACUCAAGCGAGAGAGCAAAGAGAAGAGAGGAGGAAGAGAAGGAAGAGAGGAGGAUGAUCUGGAUCUAAAUGAUGAAGAUCAACUAAAAAAAUCCAGAUCAACAGUUUAUCUUCUGGAUCUGAACAAGAUCUGCAGAAAAACAACGAUGCAGAGCAAACAGAUCAAGAAGAAGAAAAAGGAAGAAGAAGAGGAAGAUGGAGCAACCAGAUUUUUCUGA